GAGAUAGAUAUACACUAAAGCAAGGCUGCUGUAUAUCUUUACCAAUGAUGGGAUAUAUGUUAUAUUAAAGCAUCCCCAAGUCCCAUCCUCUAUUCUUAUGCAACCCAUAGGAAAGAAAAGCCAGCUCAAUUGAGAGAUAACAAAGAUCUAUACAAAGAGAAGGAAUUUUCCAAAAGAUGAUUCAAGAACUCCUAGGAGGCUCUUCUGGCUUUCAUUUUGGAGGUACUGCUGGGAGAAGAAUCUCUAUCAAUGGAACCAUUUUGGAUGGAACCCUUGCUUCUUCUCCAUCACCAUCUCCAUCUCCUUCAACAACUUCGUCAUCAACUACAACUACUAACUCUACAGCUUCAGCAGCAAAGUCUGAUCAGACCCAGAAUUUGAGGUGCCCCAGAUGUGAUUCCUCCAACACGAAGUUUUGUUAUUACAACAACUACAAUCUCACCCAGCCUCGUCACUUUUGCAAGACUUGUCGUCGGUAUUGGACCAAAGGAGGUGCUCUUAGGAAUGUUCCUAUUGGAGGUGGAUGUAGGAAAAACAAGAACACUACUACUACUACUACUACUACUACUGCUUCUGUUUCAACAUCUAUGGGAAAAUCAAGUGCUGCUAAGAUGAAAACAGUAGUGUCUGAUAUUGGAAGAACUGGUCUUGGAAAUGGGUUCGAUCAUGACCUUCAAUCUAGUCCAAUCCUUUGGGCUUCACCUCAGAGUUCUCAUCUUCUAGCCUUAUUGAGAACUACCCCAAACCCUAACGCUAACACUUUGUCUACUAAUAGUCCUGUUAGUAUUAAGGAAGAGGUGAGCUUGCUUGGAUCACAUGCCAUGAACGAGCCAGCUGUUGCAAAUGCUGCGUUAAAUGCUCGAACCCUAGGUUUGGAUCCCCUUAGCCAGGUCCCUUCUCUAGGACUUUGCAGCCCUUUUUGGAAAAACAAUCAACACCAAGCUCAACAGCAACAUCAGAGUAAUAAUAAUAAUGGAUCGUUCCUACUAGGUGAAGUUCAAAACACAGGAUUUCAAGGACUGUAUCAGAGGCUGAAAUCAUCAUCAAAUUAUUACUCUGAUAGCUCCGCAGUAGUUCUAAGCAAUGUGGGUUCCUCUUCAUCUUCUUCAACAGUUUUGGAGUCAGCUCCAGUUGCAGGUGGAGAACUGGGUUACUGGAAUCCCGCAUUUUCAUCAUCAUGGUCUGAUCUCCCAACAACUAAUGGUGCAUAUCCGUAAAGAACCCUUUUCCCCCCCUUUCAUUUUAUAUCAUCUUUUAAUUAAUAUGCUAGUGGUCGUUGCAGUGCAUUCUGGUAUAUGGAUAUAUAUAUAUAUAUAUAUAUAUAUAUGGCUGUAGGGGUAGCAUGGGGUUGUUUCGUUCGUUCGUAUGUUCAAUUCUUUGUUUUCUUUCUCUUUGAAGUGUGAUUUGAGGUGUGUUUAAUUAACUUAUUAGAAUGUACCAAGGAUGAAGAUGAAGUAUCAAAGGUGGAAAAAUGUUAGUAGUUUUAUUUAUUUUCAA